AUUUAUCAAUAUUUUUAUGUUAAAAAGUAUUUAAGUAAUUAAUUCGUGAUCUUUUGUAAAGCUGAGUGGUGGUUGAUAUAUGAUGGUUGUGCUCUUGAACUUAAACGUGUGGUCGUGAAAGUUCUUAGUCAAACGAUGUCAACAACAAACUGUGAGAGGAAUUGAAGUACAUUUAGCUAUAUACACACGAAGACGAGGAAUAGAUUGAAAUAUAAAAAGUUGCAAAAAUUAGUCUUACCCACUACAAAAUGAAGUUGAAAAUGAAACACUAGAUAAGAAAAAGUGAAGCAGAGAUUGAAGAAAAUUUUAAUUCGAUUAAUAUUGACUAUAUUUAUGAAGAUGAUGAUUCAGUGUCUCCAUGGAUCGAAGAAAGGAAAAAUCACUAUUAGAUAGAGUGCAAGAUUAGAAUGGUUGCCUUUGGUGGGCACAAAUGAUGAAGAUAUAUAUUGCGCUCAUGAUAAUGGUGGUCAUGGUACACCAUGCGGUGAUAGUGACGGUGAUGGUUAUAAUGGAAGAUUUGGGGAACAUCAUAAUGAUGGUGAUGUUAACAUGACAUGGGAGAUUCAACCAGACUUCUCAUACUCUAGGCGUUAUAGGAGUUUGAUUGAAAUAACUAUCGAUGAUAAUUCAUUGCGUGAGACUAGUAGAAGCAAAACAAGUAUGAAAACAGGAAAGUAAGAAACAAACAUCGUAAUGUUCCAUUAGUUGAUUCAUCUUAUUCUAGUAAUGGACCAAAUUUUGGUUAUACUUGUAACGAUGAAUUUUCUAGUGGUACACAAUAUUAUGUGCCUUUUGCUGAGUAUCCUAAUCUCAUCUCUUAUUGUCAAUACGCAAAUUAUGAAACUUCUUCCUAUUAUCAAUCAUCAACAUAUCAACAAACAAGUAAUGAGUUUUAUGAUUAUGUUUUCAAUCAAGGAUCUUCUCAUGAUGAUAGUCAAAGUGAAAUCAUAGGUUGUUGUUCCCAAUGAAAUUCCAUCAUGUGGUUGAAAGAAUCAUGUAAAUUACUAUAUUUCUUCUUAAGAUUAUUACUAUUAUUAUUGUAGUAGUUGUUGUUGAUUUAUUAACUCAUUUGACUUUUCAUUUUUUUGUUCAAAAAAGUCUGCAAUUUGCACAGGAGAUGUAUUUGCAUUCUUGACAAUGUAACACUUGAAACGCUUUAUAUCAUGUCAGUGCAUGUUGAGCUAUGUUUGUUAUAACCAUUUAAUGCAAGGACUACUUAAAUUAAGAGAUCUGUUAAGACUUGUUUAGUUUGAAGAAAUUUUUAAUAGUGUUUGUAAUAAUUAUUUAGUUUAGCAAUCUUUUUAAUUAUUAUUCUCUAUUAAAGAUUUGUUGUUCACCUAUGUAGCGCGAAAACUCUUGGGAAAGUUCUUUGGAAACUCUCCAAACAAGUCUUUUUUGGGCAAAAGUUGAUGUUUCUUGUUUUCCGUUUCCUCAUUACUUCCGCGUUUCCGUGCAACAUAGUUGUUCACAUAUAACUAUAUAAGUGUUUAAAGAAGAAGUAUUCAUAAUGCUCUAUUAAUUUUAUCAUUUAUUAAUUCAAAUAAACUAAUUUAUGUUAAAUAUAAUUAAUAGAAGAUUUGUUGAACAAUACAAAAAAUAAUGGUAUUCCUAUUUGGUGCGAACUUGAAAAUAUUUCAUGCGGCAACGGCCACAAUACGCAUCGCAGCGGCCUCAUUAACUGCAAUGACCGCUACCGUAACCACAAUUUAAAAUCUUGGAUCAUAUAACACUUUUAUCCCCUUUGAUUUGUUUUUAGAAAUAUUCUAUUUUUUCAACAAACAGACUAACUAUUCAAAGCAUCCCCACCACCCCUUCCAAUAGUGUUCAUUCAAACAGGCCUUUAAUUGUUUUGUCAUGUAAAUUUGCGUACACAAGCAAACACACAUUUCUCGUUGAUUUCUUUCCUUUCAGGGAGGAUGAAGGCCGUUCCCUUUUGGAAGAAUGCUUGCUGAUCACUGAAGAAUAUAAAGGGAAAGACCACCCAACAUAUGUAACCCAUCUUGUAAAUCUGGCCACAUCGUAUUAUCGGUCCAAAAAUUAUGUUGAAGCAGAGAAGUUGCUGCGUAUUAGUUUGCAAAUUAUGCUGAAGGCCCUGCCACCUGAUGAUCAGGCUGUUAGCUUUCCAAUGCUGCAUCUUGCAAUCACUCUCUACAAUUUGAACCAAGUUGAGGAAGCUGAGAAGUAUGCACUUGAGGCUUUACAUAUUCGUGAGAAGGCAUUUGGAAAAGACUCUCUCCCCGUUGGGGAGGCCCUUGACUGUCUAGUUUCCAUUCAGAAAAAACAAGAAAAAGAUGACGAUAAGUUGUUAGAACAUCUGAAGAGAAUUUUGAGAAUUCAAGAGAAAGCUUUUGGCAGCGACAGUGAACAGGUCAUGGAAAUGCUUAAAAAGGUUGUACACUACAUGGCAAGAUUAGGGUUGAAACACGAGAAACUCCCUCUGGAAAGAAGAUUGACCCAUCUUAGAGAAAAGUUCAAGCUUGCUGUCAAAUAUUAAGGAUGUCUGCCAGAAGUUAGUAAUGCUCUUCAGGAUCGGAGUUGAGACUUGUCUUUCACUAUGGCAACAAAAUGUUAACCAGCAAUGACACUUUCUAAUGUUAGAGAAUUGGUAGAAUGAAAAAGUAGAAUGCUUCGUGGUUGCCUGUAGUCUCAGAAAUUCUGCUGAGUUAUGUUUAUGAUAGCCAAUUGUGUUAGCUGGUAGAUCUCACCUUUCUUUUUGUUGUAUUUGGAGCCCAAAGAACAAUUUUUUUUAGUGUUGCAACCAUAUGUAUUUGAAAGACAUACAUUGGCAUCAAGUAAGUUUCGGCAUCACAAGAUUCACAA